GUGGCCUUAGCGGUUCCUCCUGGCCCUGUUAAUGUCAGGGCCAAGCCCGGGGAGGAUGGCGCCCUAGAGCCCGGCCUUGCUGGGGUAGGGGCGGGAGGGGGCCGGGGCGGGGACCCGCCAUGUCGGAGGUGACCCGGAGUCUGCUGCAGCGCUGGGGCGCCAGUCUUAGGAGAGGCGCCGACUUCGACUCUUGGGGCCAGCUGGUGGAGGCGAUAGACGAGUAUCAGAUAUUAGCAAGACACCUACAGAAGGAGGCCCAAGCUCAACACAAUAAUUCUGAAUUCACAGAAGAGCAAAAGAAAACCAUAGGCAAAAUUGCCACAUGUUUAGAAUUGCGAAGCGCAGCAUUACAGUCCACACAGUCCCAAGAAGAAUUUAAACUGGAGGACCUGAAGAAGCUAGAACCAAUCCUGAAGAAUAUUCUUACAUAUAAUAAAGAAUUCCCAUUUGAUGUUCAGCCUAUCCCAUUAAGACGGAUUUUAGCCCCUGGUGAAGAAGAGAAUUUGGAGUUUGAAGAAGAUGAAGAAGGUGGUGCUGGGGCAGGACCUCCUGAUUCUUUCUCUGCUAGAGUUCCUGGCACUUUAUUGCCCCGGUUGCCGUCCGAACCAGGGAUGACGUUACUCACUAUCAGAAUUGAGAGAAUCGGUCUGAAAGAUGCGGGGCAGUGCAUCGAUCCCUACAUUACAGUCAGCGUGAAGGAUUUGAAUGGCAUAGAUUUAACUCCUGUACAAGAUACUCCUGUGGCUUCAAGAAAAGAAGAUACAUAUGUUCAUUUUAAUGUGGACAUUGAGCUCCAGAAACAUGUUGAAAAAUUAACCAAAGGUGCGGCCAUCUUCUUUGAAUUCAAACAUUACAAGCCUAAAAAGAGGUUUACCAGCACCAAGUGUUUUGCCUUCAUGGAGAUGGAUGAAAUUAAACCUGGGCCAAUUGUAAUAGAAUUAUACAAGAAACCCACUGACUUUAAAAGAAAAAAAUUACAAUUAUUGACCAAGAAACCACUUUAUCUUCAUCUACAUCAGACUUUGCACAAGGAAUGAUCCUGAUACAAAUAACCGGAACUUGUGUGAAUUUUACCACUCAGAAACCGUCAUAGCUCUGUGUAGCAUAUCACUCUUCAACAGGCAGGAAAUGAGCCCUACCCGUGCCAUUUGGCCAGCAAGUCCAUUACAGAGCCGGACCCCAGAACUCAAACGCUCAGCACAUCACUGACCUAUCACUCCUUUGGAUACAGGUUUAGUGUAGAUUUUGAAACAUUUUUACUUUUCUAUUCAUUGUGCAAUUAAUUGUCUAUUCCUCAUUACCACUACUCCUACCCUGCUUCCUGGACAGUACUGUUGUGGUAGAUGUGCUGAACUUCAGACAAUGCAGCAAUAAGAAUGUGCUAGAGUUUACAUUUCUGCUCACUUUUGCUCCAAUAUGCUCUUCUGGCUUGAAUGUCACACUCUGGGUUGAGGUGGGUAGAAUUGCUCUGAGAGGAAUUGGACUAGUUACAUUGCCUAGGAAAGUAUCUGGAAGCUUAUAGGUACUCCUUAGAAGUGGCCUAGCUGAAUGCCAUAGAUCUCCUGCAUGGAAAGUAUGCCCUGACCAGAUGAGAAACCACAUGGAAUGUUUCCCGAAUGACCAGAUUGUUUUCCUGAAAUGAGCACUGGAGUCAGGUGGAUCAUCUGCUCUUCUCUGUCAUACUGCUAUUCUUCCUGGUAGACUCUAGGGUUAACGUUGGAACCAUCUCAGAAUAACUCCAGGUUUUUAAAUGUGUUUACAAUAUCUUUGAAAUAUCAUCAUUGGGAAGAGUUGAGUCAGAUGUUAAGAUACUGAGGAUAAUUGCUGCUUUCCUGACAACCCAUUGUGAGACCUUAAGACCGCAUACCUCUCCUUAGUAUGCAAAAUCUGGAAAGAUAGUUUAUUUUUUUUAAUAUAGGUAGAUAGAAUCGCCAUUUAUUUCCUAUUUAGAUAUACAAUCAUUCAUUCCUUUUGAAAAUAUGCAGGUCAUUAGUUUAUUUUAAAUUGACUAUUUACUUUUGAUGUAACGAGGCAUAAAUAAGACUUUCAUAGCACAUGAUGAAUAGUUGUUACACAGAAUGUUAAGAUUUGUGAGGAGCUUUCUGUGGGUUAGACAUAGAACCCACAUAUUUUAAUAUUCACUUUUUAAUGAACAGUGCAUGAGGGGACUGUACUCUCAGUCCUGGGCCUGUUUUUAAAUAGUAUAACCUCAUCACACCAUUCAAUAUAUUUGCUUUUUCAAGUAAUCUCAAUGAAGAUGUUUUAACCUUCCCCUUCAAGAGAUCUAGUCUUGACUUUCAGCACCCACUAGGUCACUGUUUCCUAGAUGGAUGUUAAUAAAAAUUGUAUUCAGCCUAAAAAAAAUCCACAACCAAAUUAAUCUUGAUUGGAUUAAUUCCAAAUGCUGAAAUAAUUCCAUCUACAGUAGCUCUAGGAGAUGAAGAAUAUGCCUUAAAUUAACUCAUUGUCUGACUCUUAAGCUUUGGGUUGUGGAUCCCAAGACUGUAAGCUCCUCAAGGGGCAAGAGCCACAUCUCUAGGUCAUGUGAAGGUUCUAAGGUGCUUAGCAGUACUCUGGACUGGGGAGUACUCAAUACCCUGGGCAGUACUCUGGACCUGGGGUGUACUCAAUACCUGGGGAGUACCCUGUACCCUGGGCAGUGCUCUGUACCCAGUACUUGGGGAAUACUCAAUACCCUGGGCAGUACUCUGUACCCUGGGGAGUACUCAAUACCUUCUGUCUGAUGUUGCUGACUAGGCCUAAAAAAUAAUCCCUUAAAACCUACCAUUAUUAAAAUGUAGCAAAGACUGUACAUUGUCCUUUCUCUUUUCUCACAGACCGUAAGAGGAAUAGCAAAGUGGCAAUGUUCUGUGCUGCAGCACCGAUCCUUCACAAAGUGUGUUUAUGUGAACUACAGAUGCCUGCCAUCAGGGUCCAACAGCUUUAGUGGAACAUCAUGUGAUAAGCUGAGCUUUAAUUCAGACCUGAAUGACAAGACUGCAGUUAACAGAGAGCAUCCCACAUUUCACAAGUGAAGUUUCUGUUGCAGUCGCUGAACAAUAAAUAAAUAGCCUUUGCUCUGGCAGAAAUGCUUUCAGGCUGGGCUACUGCUCCUAGUGCAAGUUUUGGCUGCUCAGUCCAGAAACAGUUAGUUGGCUGGAGACAACUUCAGAAACAGGAACUUCUGAAAUGGAAAAGUGGUUCAACUGAGGUCUGUCGUCCUCUGUGCCAUCUGUAGACGGACAGCUUGUUAUGGGCUUUUGGAGCACAAGAUGUUCAGUAGGACUGGGUUGAGGAAACAGUGGUAGACCAGCUCAGAACUGCCCAGCUCUGCAGUUUCUGUCUUCCUUGGGAUGUUUAUGAUAUACAGCAGGAUAACCAAAGGGCUUUAGAAGGGAAACAUCCUAGUUUUGAAUUAAAACAAAAAAGGGGUCGGGGGUUACUUAGUUUUACUAUUUGUCUUAGCUGGUAUAAUCUUUAUAUGCCUUCUAAACUUAGGUAGCUGAGAUAGUAGAGGCAGGAGGAAAUCAAAUUUGAGAAAGCCUGAACUACAUAGGUGAGACUCUAUCUUUAAAAAAAAAGAAAUUACAUUAACUUCACUAUUUUGUGUCUUGAGGAGGUUGACAGAUAAAUCCAAGAAGUUGUGUUUGCAAUUCAGUCUUAUUUUUAUAUGGUUAAAAAAUAAAAUAGGCUAGGGGCUUAAGAGAUGGUUCAGGGGUUAAGAGCACUGGCUGUUCUUGCAGAGAACCAGGGUUCAGUCCUGGCACCCACAUGGUAGUUCACAACUGCCUGCAACUCCAGUUAUAGGGGAUCUGGUACCCUCUUCUGGACCCAUGGACACCAGACAUACAUGUGGUACACAUACAUACAUGCAGGCAGAACACAUGCAUAGAAUAAAAAUUAAUUUUUUAAUGACA